GCGGCAGCUCGGAGCCUCCGCCGGGCUGGCGGGGAGGGGGAGGGGCAGGUUCUGCUUCCCAUCAUGGCUAUCACACAGUUCCGGUUGUUUAAAGUUUGUACCUGCCUAGCCACAGUGCUCUCAUUCAUUAAGAGGUUAAUAUGCAGGUCUGGCAGAGGACGGAAAUUAAGUGGAGAUCAAAUAACUUUGCCAACCACAGUGGAUUAUUCGCCAGUUCCUAAGCAGUCAGAAGUUGAAGACUGGAGCUCCUGGGAUGAAGAUGUACCUACAAGUAUAAAGAUUGAAGGAGGGAAUGGAAAUGGGACCGCACAGCAAAAUACAAUGGAACAGUUGGAACCUGACUAUUUUAAAGACAUGGCACCAACUAUAAGGAAAACACAGAAAAUUAUUAUUAAGAAGAGAGAACCAUUAAAUUUUGGCAUCCCCGAUGGUACUACAGGUUUCUCUAGUAGAUUAGCAGCUACACAAGAUAUUCCUUUUAUUCACCAAUCUCCUGAAUUAGGUGAUUUGGAUACCUGGCAGGAGAAUACAAAUGCGUGGGAAGAAGAAGAAGAUGCAACUUGGCAGGCAGAGGAAGUCCUGAGACAGCAGAAAAUAGCCGACAGAGAAAAGAGAGCAGCAGAACAACAAAGGAAGAAAAUGGAAAAGGAAGCACAACGACUAAUGAAGAAAGAACAGAACAAAAUUGGUGUGAAACUGUCAUAACAGAUGUUUGACACUUCCAUUUGAAGGAUUUUGAGCUCCACAAUAUGAGCCUCAUCUGUAUGGUUUAAGAGUAUUUUUAGAAUACAGACAAGCUGCUUGAUUUUGAUGUGUUCAUCAGGCCAUCCGGGAUACCAGAAUUUUCUCAUCGCCACUUGAACUGCUAGUAGAUGGGACUUAAACAAAAUAAAAAGACUUUUAAGAUGAUAUUUUUCUUCAGUAUCUUCCAAACAUAUAAGAAAAUUAAUUGCUGCAGAGAAAUUAUUACAAUUGGGAUAUACCAGUACCUCUUCAAGUUCAUAUUUCUAGCUUGGAAAAAAUUGGGUGUAAAUAAUUUUCUGGUGGGAGAACCUAUUCUGCUGUCUAUUAUGCUUUCCUUCAAUGUGUGUAAAAAAUGAAAUAAACAAUUUUAAAGAAUA